AUGUUUAAAAAUAAAAUAACCAGUAAGGGACUGGCGACGGCCGUCCAGCUUAAGGAAAUUGACAUCCGCAUAAGAAAGGAAAUGGAUGAAAUUGUCAAAAGGAUUAAAACGGAUACUGAGGCCGAACCAGAAGAAUUGACUGCUGAUAUCUAUUAUUCAAAUCUACACCCUUUUAUAAGGGGCACCCAACCGAACCAACUUUUGAAACAUGCCAAUCUUAGGCUGCGAAAA